AGCACCGCCCACUCUGCCGCCGAGAGACGCCUGCGAAAAUGGAGACGUUGUUUGUCAGCUGAGCCGCACGUCGUCUAAAAGCCGAAUUUUUGAGGUCCGAUCAACGUCACGAGGCCUCUAGACCGUCGUCGCCGACGUAGGUUGAAGCGCCUUGCUAGCGAUGAACCCUGAACUGAACAAAAACCCCGGGGGUCCGGAGGCCCCCGGUGAACAGCAGCACCAGCAGUCGGUGCAGCAGCAGCAGGGGCCGGCCGAACCCCAGCAGCCCAAGGUGGGCACCCCGCAGCCGUCGCCCGGCAUGGCCUCGCCUACAAUGGUUUCCCGCGGGCCCACUAUGUCCCCGAUGACCCCUCAGCAGCCUUUACAGUUCUCCUUGCAGAUGCAGAUGGCGCAGCAGCAGAACCAGCAGGCCAUGCAGCAGAGCCAACAACAGGCACCCUCGCCUCACCAGCAAGGGCCCCCAAUGGCCCAGAUCAGCAUUCAGCAACCUCAGCAGCAGCACCCGAUGGCGCCUCCUCAGCAACAGCAAACACAGCAGUCGCUCGAACAGGCUGCUGCCGUUGCGCAGCAUCAGCAAGGGAUGCAACAGAUCCAAUUGAUUCAGCAGCCACAGCAUAACCAAAUGUACGUCCAGCAAGUUUACAACCCUGCAAACGGACAGUUUCUGUUGCAGCCAGCCAACAUGGGAUCUCCCAUUCAGAGCGUUCCAAACGUGUUGCAGCUGCAAUCCAAGAACUCGAUGGUGCCCCUGCAACACAACAAGCUGCCCGCCGGCCUACUGCCCACCACCCAGGUGAUUGCCUCUCCGGGCAAGCCAUUCCAGCAUAUGCAGUUCACGCCACAGAUCAUCACUGCCCAGGGCAAACAAAUGCUUCAGCAGGGACAGACAGCCUCGUACCCUAGUUAUGCAACCAUCCCGAGUAGCUCAAGUCAGACUCUGGUUCUACCUAUGGGCGUUCUUGCUGGACAGCCCAACCUUAUUUCGGCAGCUCAAAAUGCCCAGCAGGCCAAGCAGGAUAUGUCCAAGUAUAAAUUUCAGCAGCAUACGGCAGUAAGCAAGGCCGGUGUGCAACAACAGGGUGUCAUGCAGCAGCCGCACCUGAUCACUACACAAGCGCCUAUGAUCAACAGCCAGGGCCAGAUUGUAAACCCCAUCCAACACUAUCAGGUGUACAACCACGGCAUGCCACAAGGAAUCUGGACCUCUGGCAACCUACCCCAGAACACAGUACUGCAGAGUGCCCCUGUCUACAUUCGUAGUAUGCAGGCUGACGGCAGCUCUCUUUUCAUCCCUCAAAAUGCGCCUCAACAAUCUAUGCAGCAGCAUAAUCCUGCUGCAGCAGCUGCAAUGCAGCAUGGAGCACCAGGAAACGUCCCUGGGACUCCAGCGCCUCCUCCUCCCAUGCAGCAGAAACCAAUGCGUCCUGAAGUGCCUGCCAACAUCCAGCCUAAGAUUACUCAACGAAACCUGUUGCCCUCUGACAUCCGACCCUCCGUAUCCACACAGACUGCUGGUGCUCAGGCCAAGCAGCAGGGAGGCAAAAUUCGUCAAAAAAUGGCCCCUCGAGUGCCGGUACCUGGCCGACCAGCCAAGGGCGACGAGUUUCAGCAAAAGAUGCAGCAGAUAGUUGACCCUCAGCAACCGCAACCGCAGCCUCCUCAGCAUCAGCAGCAUCAACAGCAACAAAUUGUGUUUAACAACAACCGCUACAUAGUAAAUACUUUGGGACCACCGACUCAAUCCCCUAUGGGUCCCGGCAUGCCCCCAGGAGUGGGGGUGGCGCCAAUGAUGGUUGCAACGAGUGUUGACCCGAAAAGUAUGCCAGGACCAAUGGCCGGAAAGGUCAUGCCUAUUGCUCUCCCACACCAGAUCCCAAAGAUUCUGCCCCCUACAGCCACUCUUGUGCCACCUCCGAUGCCUCCUGCCCCACCUCACAUGAUGAUGGCGGCACCCCCAGCUCCAAUGCCUCCAGUUUUAGCACCACCCCCUCUGCCAGUUGUGCCUGCAAGCAAGGAAGAAGCUCCGACGAUGGACAAGGAAACAGCAAAUGUCGAACCAGCCGUGGAGCAGCAAGAUGAUAAAGAAGUUAAGGAUGAUAAAGAGAUGAACGGUGACGUCGAAAUGAGCGAAGAUGUCAAGGAUAAGGGAAGACUGAAGGCAAUGGUGAAGCCGCAGCCACACAUCCUCACUCAUGUCAUUGAGGGAUUUGUUAUUCAAGAAGCAUCUGAGCCGUUUAUGAUUGCAAGACACCAAGAACAGACAGGCCAGAUUUCUGACAAGGAGAACCAUGUAAACGGAUCUGUGGAGACAGACCAAGUUGGUGCCGCGGUGCGGAACAACCUGGCUGUCUGCGAAUUCUGCCAUAAGACGGACGUCGCCAACAAGUUCAAGAAGUCGAAACGCUUCUGCAGCACUUCCUGCUCCAAAAGGUACAAUGUCAGUUUCAGCAAGAGGUGCAUGGGCGAGGAUGGAGCGUCACCAGCAAAGAAACCUGCCACCGAGACUGACCUCAAAAACCCAAGCGCCAACACUGCUACAAAUGAUCUCAUGGGUGCAUCGCCUGCCCAUGGCGGUGCAGACGACAACUCUGUUUCGGAGUCUUUGAUACCUAUCCACGCUGGGUCGAAUCCAAUGCUUUGGUCGGUCAAGGAAGUUUGCGAUUUUGUACAAAGCCUACCUGGCUGUGCAGAGUUUGCAGAAGACUUCCGCCUGCAGGAGAUUGACGGACAGGCGCUGAUGCUGCUCAAGGCCGACCACCUGAUGAGCGCUAUGUCCAUUCGACUGGGACCUGCACUCAAAAUCUGCUCGAAGAUUGAGCAGCUGCGCGCACUGGUGCCCGUUGAAAAUGUCGCCUCAUAAUUUGUAAGAACUGGACCUUUAUAUUGUGCAAACUCUCCGUACCUUGUUGGGCGGCUCUUUUCUACUCCUCAUCAUCUGAUUUUUAUUACUUUGAAAUAAAAAAGUAAAAACAUGACCACUGUAACCCUAAAUAUUUUUA